CUGUGGGCGAGCUUCGUAUACUCCUCGCGCUUGCGCACGCCACCGCGUCGCAGAAGGAAUACGACGGGAGCGGAUUUGCGAGCUCGCCUUGUUUUUUUGGCCGUGGGGACUCAGCGUAAAAAAUAUCAACGGGAAAACGCAAAGUUAAAACAAACACAUCUUUAGCGAGGCCAUUUGAAAAGUUAAUAUUCGGACAGUCAAGACAGUAGGCAGCGCAUAUUUUGGAAUACGAACAUGGUGUGAAGAUGUUUACAUGACCGGAGGCUACGAGGUGGGCAUGCGAUAAGGAAGGCUACCACGCCAGACCCCUGCCCCUCGGAUAAAGAAGUGUGUAUGUGAGUGUGCGUGUGUGUCUGUGUGUAUGCGUGUGUGAUAUUAUUUCUUCAGUGACGGAUUGGGUUGCUAAAGCGGACUAGCAGUAAGACAUUCCGAAGAUGCUGAAGAGGUGGUCCGCAGCAACGCCAUGCAGCAGCUCUCUCUCCGCCGUCAUGCUCAUCCUAGUCCUACCCAGGUGCAUGCUCUCAGUCCGUGCCGACAAAAACAUGGUGAGCAAAGAGGACUAUUACAGCGCGACGGUCAACGCCACAGUUUUGGACCUCAAAGGCAACCCUAAACAAAUGCUCACGAAGGACGACGGGAGGUACGGGCAGAAUUCACCCAAAACGGAAGCCAAGGGAAUCGUGAUCGCACCCGCGCCGGUGAAUGGAGUGGUGGACCUGCAGGGAUGCUGUCAGAACACGCGCUUUGUGGUGCCUCCCCGCUCCACCCAGUGGGUGGCGCUGCUCCAGCGGGGCAAGUGCACCUUCAAGGAGAAGAUCCUCAAGGCGGCCGCCUUCAACGCCUCAGCCGUCCUCAUCUACAACAACAGCUCCAAAGAGGACACCGUCACCAUGGCCCACGAAGGUACGGGUGACACGGUAGCGGUGAUGAUCACCGAGUCCUACGGCAAGGAGCUGCUGUCACUGCUGGAGCGUAACCUGACGGUGCUGGUGUCGGUGACGGUGGGCUCACGCGGGCCACCCAAGAACAUCAAUCGUGGCUCUCUGGUCUUCGUCUCCAUCUCCUUCAUCGUGCUCAUGAUCAUCUCCUCUGCCUGGCUCAUCUUCUACUUCAUCCAGAAGAUCCGCGACACCAACGCGCGCGACCGCAGCCAGAGGAGGCUGGGAGAUGCGGCCAAGAAGGCCAUCGGGAAGCUGACCACCAGGACUGUGAAGAGAGGGGACAAGGAGACGGACCCAGACUUCAACCACUGCGCCGUAUGCAUUGAAGGCUACCAGCUCAAUGAUGUGGUCCGCAUCCUACCCUGCAAGCACGUCUUCCACAAGAUGUGUGUGGACCCCUGGCUGAACGAGCACUGCACUUGCCCCAUGUGCAAGCUCAACAUCCUCAAGGCCCUGGGCAUCAUGCCCAACCUGCCUUGCGUGGACAAUGUGGCGUUUGACAUGGAUCGGAUACCACGCAGCCAGACCUCCAGCCAGCGGACGGCGCUAGUGGACCUGUCCAGCGAGACCACCAUCAGCCUGGAGCCGCUGCGCCACUCCGGCACCUCGCAAAUCUCCUCCGACGGAGAGGUCACCCCCCGCGCUGGAGAGAUCAACAUCGCUGUUACCAGUGGGCAUUUCUUCAACCGAAAUUCUCUGUCACCACGAAAUGUCGUUUGUGAGAUGGAGCUUCCUGAUAUUCAGGCCUCGCUGGACCUGUACGACGAAAACAAGUCGUGAGGUUCAGACUGGUACCCCAGCCCUCACAACCCCCACCCCCCCAACCUCCCCAAUCCCGACCCGUUCUCCGCCCGGCCUCCUUGAUUCAUCCUCUCAUCCCUCCGUCCGGUGAUGAGGCCUCGUUUGGAAACAGACAUGUGACAGUGACACCAGAGGCGCCUCAUCACAGGUGACGGGAUGACAACAAACCAACACCGACUACAGCAACCUUUUUAAGAGUGCAGAAUGUAACUGCGAACAGCAUGAGAUGGUUCGGGGCUGGAUUGUUCGCCGAAACGGGAUUCAGCCUCACCAAAAACACUCAAAACUCCUCCACACACACAUAGCCGAAGAUUCUCGACCUCUCUUACCCUCUGGAAUAUUUUUAUUUUUUUGGUUUGCAAAAGACUUUUUUUUUUGUUUCUGUAUUCUGUUCUUAGGUGAGGCUACUGCUGAAAGUGACCUUCGAGUGACCCCUUGCUCUAGACCUUACAUCGGUUCCAAAAACAAAACAAAAAACUAAAUCAGCUCUUGGAUUUUAUGUGUUUUAAAAGCUUCUUGCCUACUACGUGUACAUUAGUAAACGAUCGUCUGCUCUCUCUCUCUCUCUUCUCUCUCCCUCCUUUUCACUCGGUCAAAAAAAGAAGCUCUUUGUUUUAACUGAUGGCAGUGUUAAGAAAAAAAAAUGCAAAAACAGCAGACUGGGACUGUGUCUGGCUGUAUUGUAUUUUCUGUGCUGGUGAUGAGGAGGGCUUUGUCAAGUUGACCUGUGUACUUGGCCAGCCUCUUUCCACUCCUCUAUUCUACUCAUUUUUCGAGAUGGAUGGAGGGAGACAGAGACAUCACUAAUAACUAGGAAUCAGCAUUUGGGACUCCUCUGAACAAACAGCAUUACCCCCCUCACCCUCAGUGUUUCUCUGUAUAUAUCUAAAGAAAAGCAUUUUAAAUGUAUAUUUAAAGAGAUGCUAAUGAAAUACCCUCAGCGAGUACGAAUCUCCAGUGUGUCUCCUAUAUGGGGACUUAGUAUAUAUAUAUACGGUAUUUGCAUAUAUACAUAUAUAUAUGUAUGACUAUAUAUCUCAAGUGGCCUCUACGCGCUGUUUGUCCUUCUCGUCGUUCCCAGAGAAUGGGGUGGAGGGUGUCCUCUGUUCCAUGCUGUCUCUUUGUGUUCCUGUCUUUGUAUCUGAUGUUGGGAUGAACGUGUGACUUGCUCCGCAGCGGUCAUGGUUGUGGCCUAAGUGUGUUACAUACUGCCUCAGCAUUAAACUUCUUAUAAUUGCCUA